AUGGGUAUCAAGCAUCUGUACCAGGUCAUCUCCGAGAAUGCCCCCGAUGCGAUCAAGACGGGCGAGAUCAAAAACCACUUCGGCCGCAAGGUCGCAAUUGUAUGUCGCAUUCCAUUGCUCAUUUUCCUUCACAUCUCUGAAUUUAUGGCUAACCGAUCAAUGAGCAUCUACAGUUUCCUAAUUGCUGUGCGCUCCGAAGGCCAGCAACUGAUGAGUGACUCCGGUGAAACCACAUCACACCUUAUGGGCAUGUUUUACCGCACGCUGCGAAUGGUCGACAACGGCAUCAAGCCUCUGUACGUCUUCGAUGGCGCUCCGCCGAAGCUCAAGUCCGGCGAGUUGGCAAAGCGAGGUGCGCGCAAGGCGGAAGCCCACGAAGCCCACGAGGAAGCUAAGGAAACCGGAACCGCGGAGGACAUUGAGAAAUUUUCUCGGCGUACGGUGCGAGUCACUCGCGAGCAUAACGCCGAGUGCAAGCAGCUGCUGAAGCUGAUGGGUAUCCCGUACAUCGAUGCCCCUACUGAGGCCGAGGCCCAGUGUGCGGUUUUGGCGCGCGCGGGUAAGGUCUAUGCGGCUGCUUCUGAGGAUAUGGACACGCUGUGCUUUGAGGCGCCGAUUCUGCUGCGUCAUUUGACGUUCAGUGAGCAGCGGAAGGAGCCUAUUCAGGAGAUUCACUUGGACAAGGCGCUUGAGGGGCUGAACAUGGAUCGCAAGCAGUUCAUUGAUCUCUGCAUUCUUCUGGGCUGCGACUACCUCGAGCCUAUUCCCAAGGUCGGACCCAGCACCGCUCUGAACCUUAUUCGCGAGCACGGAAGCCUGGAAAAGGUUCUGGAAUAUAUGAACGACGACCCUAAGAAGAAGUUCGUCGUUCCCGAAAGCUGGCCCUAUCAAGACGCCCGCGACCUUUUCGUCACGCCAGAUGUGCACCCAGCAGACCACGAAAGCUGCGACUUCAAAUGGGACGCACCCGACAUUGACGGCCUGAUUGCAUUCCUAGUAACAGACAAAGGCUUCAACGAAGACCGCGUCCGCAACGGAGCCGCCCGCCUGACCAAGAACCUCAAGAGUGCGCAACAAUCCCGACUCGAAGGCUUCUUCAAGCCGAUGGCAAAGACAGACCAGGAAAAAGCCAGCUUAAAACGCAAGCAUGACUCCAAGCUGCAAGACCAGAAGAAGCGCAAGAAGGACGAAGCCAAGGCGAAGAAGGAGGCCAAGGCCAAGCCGCGUGCUGCCGGCUAA